UCAAUCAUCUUCCAUGGCCUUGAAGUUCUCUCAAAUUCUCUUCAUAGUUCUAUGGCUCUCUCUCUUCUUCCUCCUCCUCCACCACUUGUACUCCCUCAACUUCCGCCGCCUUUAUCUAAAUGUGGCGGAGGAGCAAUCGUCGAUAUCGAAGCAACACCACCACCGUUUUCACACCAUUAGAUUAGUCAGCAGAAAAGCUCUCUCACAAAGAUACGACUUCACGCCUUUCAACCGCCGCCAUGAUCACCAUCGUUCCGAAGAGCAAUACGACGGUGAUGAGAUCGACCCUCGUUAUGGGGUGGAGAAACGCCGUGUUCCCUCCGGACCGAAUCCGUUGCACCACUGACGAUGACGCGUGUUUAGUCAUUUGUGUGGUAACAUACUUUUGUCUAGCUUUUUCUUUUUUUCUUUCUUUUUAAUAUAUUUCAGUACGGGAAAAAAAAAUUAAAGAAUAGAGGAUACAUUUUCUACAAUUUGGGUGUUAAUACAUUUUAUUGUAUUUUUUCUUAUAAUUUUGACGAUUUGUAUUGGUGAAUAUGUUGAUUUACUAAAGAUAUUGACAUCUUGAUAUUAUUUUAAAUUUUGUUUUGUUA